UUUCGUGCGCCAUUCAAGUAACAAGUAGAUCGACUAUUUUACAGACGUGUCAGAACUUGUUUGUUUUUGUUUUGCUAAUUGUUUAUUAUAUGUCAUAGGAAUUAACGUUAAUAUUUUGUAUAUUUAUUACUUGGAUAAAGUGACCAAUAAAAAAAAUGCGGUAAAAAACGAUCUCACCACCACGAAAUACAGCGGGUAUAUAAUAGUAAUGGGGAUUUGAAAAAGCAAGAAGACGGAGAUGAUGAAGAUGAAGAAGCAAGAGAAGGGAAAGGAAAGUCAUAACACAAGCUAAUUCGAGUACAGUGUUGGAGAAAAGAUAAGGAAUUCUUAUUCAGCUCUUGACGCUGGUUACGCCGGGAUGAACUCUAGUAGUGCGCGCGUAUAUAUCGCUAAAUGUAAUAUGUAAGAGAAUAGAGCGUCAGUAAUACUAAUAUAACUAGUUAAAGUAACAAGUUUUAUUACAAAGAGCAAAGAAGAAACAGAAGCACAAAUCCGCGUACAAUUAAAUUCCGUGCACAGCCCGUUUUUAGUUUAUAAGGGGAUUCCCUGUUUUAUUCAUCCGACAGUUCCGCGCCAGCAUUCGUAUCUCAAUAAACGCGGUUACUUUUGCAUUUAAAAAAAAAAAAAAAAAAAAAAAAAAAAAACUGCAUUAUAAAUAAAUUCACCGGCGAUCGAUUAGUACGAAGUAUUUGGAAGAUUAAACUCUAUAAAGUGCGUCAAUAAGUAUUUUUAAAAUAUAUUUGAUUGACUUUGAAAGCACGUACGAAUUAUUUUAAUCGCGCUUUAUAGAAUUAUAUUUAAAUUUAAAUUUAUUUGUUUGGUUUGUAGUAUUCAAUUAAUUGUUUAUUAAAUUUAUUUUUGAAUUUAGUAGAUUGUAGACAGAAAUUAAUGCAAAUGAUUGACGCGAGUUAAUUUAAAAAGACCGGAGACUCAAAAAAUAAAUAAAUAAACAGAUGAACAUAAAUGUGCGGGAGUUUGUUCAAGUGAUUUAACUACAACACGUGUUCUCGAGUUUUAGCUUAGAUGCAAACUUUACAUUAAUGCCGCUGUGAAGAUUCCGAAUAAAAAUCGUUCCAGCGGAAGUGAUUUUAAAACCGAGAUUGGUAAAAAAUACAAGGAUUAUCAAGAUGAACGUGACUACCGACUUCAGAGUGAUCCAGGAUCACGAUCAUGGCUAUCAACAAGCUUAUCCACGAGCCGUGACACUUACUGCUGCUGUUUGUGCGAUACUUUUUAGCAUCGUUGGCGUUCUCGGUAAUUUAGUUACAGUAAUUGCAUUAAUGAAGUACACACGAUUACGAAGACAUGCAACAACAGCAUUCGUCAUAAGUUUAAGCAUAUCAGAUUUAAUAUUUUCUGCUGUGAACUUACCGCUUACGGCUAGCAGAUAUUUAAAUGAGGCAUGGGUACUUGGUGAAACACUUUGUCAAAUAUUUCCGCUGUUUUUUUAUGGCAAUGUUGCUGUAUCUUUGCUAAGUAUGGUGGCUAUCACUGUCAACAGAUACGUAUUGAUAUCAAAAUCUGAUAUUUAUGCGCGGCUUUACACAAAUCGUGGGAUAACAAUAAUGUUGAUAGCGAUAUGGGUAGUGAGUUUUUCGCUGCUUCUACCGCCGUUGACUGGCAUUUGGGGAAGACUCGGUCUCGACCCUAAGACAUUUUCAUGCACGAUACUCCAGAAAAAUGACAAAAGUCCUAAAAAAAUGCUCUUCGUUAUAGGAUUCGUAAUUCCAUGCGUUGUGAUUAUUGUAUCUUACCUCUGCAUCUAUUGGAAAGUUAGACAAAGUCGUAAAAAUUUAGAAGCACAUAUGGUUAACGGCGGCAUGAGACGUAAUACUGGAUUUCAAAGACGUGAAGAUUCAAGAGUCACAAAACUUAUGCUUACCAUAUUUUUAUGUUUUUUGCUCUGUUUUUUGCCACUUAUGCUGGUCAACGUCGUUGACGACAAGGUUAAAAUACCGAUUUUACAUGUGGUUGCUUCCAUACUCGCAUGGGCAUCUUCAGUUAUCAAUCCCUUUAUUUAUGCGGGAACUAAUAAGCUCUACAGAGAAGCUUACAGACAGGUACUGUGUCCGAUUACCAGCAGUAAAAGUACUGUACCCGUUAAGCCCACAGGCUCGCAUUCGAGCAAAAUUUCAUCUCAUCAAAUUACUUGAAUUAGUUACUAUGUUACAAAGAAUACUCAAUAUUUUAAUAUUUUAAUAUUUUUAUAAUUUUUUUUAUUUUUAAUAACUAGUUAGUGAUUUUAAGUCACUUAUAAUAACAAUGGUGAUUUACAAUUUAUAAAAAAGUACAUGAUAUUUUUCUUAAAUAACGUGGUUCCGAUUAAUCGGAAUAAUUUGUUUUUUACCAACGUUUUGUUUGAUUUACAUUAAUGUUUAAGCACUGAAUGUACUCAUACUAAUUACUAUUUUUUUUUACUCGACUGUAUAAAAUUUU